AUGAAGGAGGUCCAAAGACUGACUAGAAUGGCAGUAGCCCUUAAUAGAUUCAUCUGUCGGUCCAGCGAUAAGUGUAGGCCAUUUUUUCAGUUUCUGAAAAAGAGAAAAGGAUACGAAUGGGGAUUAGUAGGCGAACAGGCAUUCCAAGACCUAAAGAAGUACUUGGCAGCGGCCCCGCUCUCGUCUACUUCUGAACCAGGUGAGUCUUUAACUUUGUACUUAGCAAUAUCUGAACAUGUUGUCAGUGUAGUAUUACCGAGGGACAAGGGAUCCGAGCAAAUCCCUGUAUACUAUGUGAGUAAGACAUUAUUAGAUGCAGAAACGAGAUAUCUGCCUCUAGAAAAAUUGGUCCUGGCAUUGAGGAUAGCAGCAAGAAAGUUGCCCAAUUAUUUUCAGAGUCAUAAAAUUGUGGUUUACACAGAAUUUUCAUUGAAAUCAUUGCUACGAAAGGCAGAUUUCUUAGGACGAAUAUCGACUUGGUCGGUGGAACUUAAUCAAUACGAUAUUGAUUAUCAGCCGCGCACCGCAAUAAAGGGGGAUUGGGGUUGUGCUUUUUCCUCCCUGAUGGAGUUGUCCAUUCGACUUGGCUUUAGUGCUUCAAACAAUGUGGCGAAGUACGAGGCACUCUUGGCAGGGCUGCGAAGUGCAAAAACCCUGAAGAAUGCCCAUGCAGAUUCACUUGCUUGGUUGGCCGCAGCUGUGCUAACUGAAUUCAAGAGAAGGGUGGUAGUAGAUUAUCUUGCUGAGCCGAGUAUUGGAAAGAGCGUGGAAUUGGUCUUAGAUGUGUACCAAAGACCAAGUUGGAUGGAUCCAAUAGUGGAGUUCUUACGAGAUGGGACACUCCCCACUGAUAAAAAAGAGGCUCACAAGAUAAAGACAAAAUCUGCACGAUUUUGGUUGCCACCCAAAGGAAAGCUGUACAGGAAGUCCUUCACUGGACCGUACUUACUCUAUGUGCACCCCGAGAUGGUGCAAAAUUUCCUCCACGAGAUUCAUGAGGGAACAUAUGGAAGACAUGCUGGGGGCACGUCCAUUGCCCACCGAGCAAUAACCCAAGGUUACUGGUGGCCGCACAUGCAGAAGGAUGCAAAGGUGUAUGUGAAGAUUUGUGAGAAGUGCCAGAAAUUUCUCACCAAUGAUUCAAAUACCAGCCAAGGAUCUGGUGCCAUUAGCAAAAGAAGUUCAAAGCCUUCUGUGCCCAAUAUGGGAUCAGGAAUUAUUGCUCGACCCCAGCCUACCCACAGAGUAAUGGAUAGGCAGAAGCGUCCAACAAAACCAUACUUGACGGGAUCAAGAAGAGGUUUGACAAAGCAAAGGGGAAGUGGUCUGACGAAUUGCCACUAG